AUGAAAGAAUCUGCUUGUAAUCGUUUGAUUGUGAUUGUUUGUAUUAUCGGUCACCAUGCCCUAGAUGCAUACGCUAGUUCAUGGGAGGCAUUUUCGUUAGUCCGUCAUGUAAUUGAUCGAAUAGUGGAAGAUCGUACACAAAUUCAUGAUUUAUUAUGCGUAAAUUGUGAUGAAACAGUAUUCGAAGAUGUAAUAGUUAGACUCCAUAGGGAAUAUCCAUAUGUCGCAGUGAGUCGUAUUAGUUCAGUGUCGAAGUCCGUGGGACUAACUUCGCAUUUUAGUACAAUAAAACGCAAACCAUCCUUGGUAAUGCAAAUUUGUGUGAAUGAAUGACAUUGCCGUUGGGGUGGUUCGCUUUGGUUAAAAAAUCCUGUUAAAUAUGCCAUAUUUGUUCAGUUUUUUUCUGGUGUUUCUGAUUUUCAUAUUACUAGGCAUUCCAUCGAACUGAAAAAGAGUGGUAUUUUAAAAGUGUUACAAUACAUCACUCCCCGUGAUAACGAGACAAAGGCAAAUGUUAUUAUUACUGGAGCAUUAGUGCACAAACCUAUCAAGGUUAAUAAUAGUUUAGAAGCGAAACAACGAUUGUUUGAUGAUACGUUGACGAAUUUUCGUAACUUUAUAUACAAAAUAGGUUUCGUUCCAAUAUUUUCACAUAUGUACUACACGAAACAUGGAAUAAAAAGUGAAGAAACGGCUCACUUUUUGACAAUACUCAAAACUCAAGGAGCAAGAUAUCGUCUUCAUAAAGAAAAGGAAUUCCAGAAGCUAUUGGCGAAACUACUGGCUGGAGAAAUUCAUGUGUUAUUAAACCCAGUAGAUAUGGUUGGAAAUUUCUUUGAAAUUGCGUAUUGGAAAGAUUUUCAACAGUUUUGUAUCAUACUACCGCGCCGUUACGAUCGGAUGCAUUUGCUGAUAUUACUUGCUCCAUUCAAAUGGGAAGUUUGGGCUGUGAUUGGUGGUGUUUUAGUAGUUGCUCAGUUAGCCGGUUUGUUGUUUCCCAACAGAGUAUCACGUAAUCUGAUAGUUAAGUAUAUUUUUGGUACUAGUAAGCCUGAACAUAAAUUAUCAACACCUUACCGUUUAAUCACUUGCGCUAUUGCUGUGCUCAUCUUUUUAUUGAGCGAAACAUACCAAGCUAUUCUUCUUUCGCAUAUGUCUGCAGACCCAUUCAUGAAAAAUCCCGAGACAGUAGAGGAAUUCGUUGCACAAAACCGAAGUCUCUUUGUACAGAAAGGAUUGAAAUAUGAGUUGCCAAGGGCAGUAAAUCAUGUGGUUAGAGAAUUGAAUGUAAUGGAUGUAAAUACAUUAGUACACAACGCAUCAGUAGCGAGGUGCGAUCUUCCCCAUUUUGUCAACUCCAAUCCGUUUAAUCAGAAACUACCGUCAAAUGUCGAGCUUAUAGUAAUUAAACCGAGGGUAUUCCAUCGUGUAAAACAUAUUGUCUUUAGUUGGCAAUGUCCAGCUGUCAGACAGUAUCAAAGAUAUAUGGAUAUCAUGUUAGAGGUAGGACUGUAUCAGAAAGAACUUCGGAAAUGGGUUUAUAGUAAAAAGUAUGCCUAUCAAAAACAAAAAUUCAAUGAGUUAAUAUUUUUGACAGAUGAUCUUAUUCCUGUAUGGGAGCUGUUAGCAACAGGAUUGGGAAUUGGUUUUGGAUGCUUUUUGUUGGAAAACGUUGUAUGCAAACUGUUAGGUUCUAAUGGACAAUUUAAAAAGAAAAAUUAG